CGGACUCAUUCCUGCAGUUUGUGAUGAUCCUCGAUCUAAUUGUUGGACUUCCAGGGAUUAUAUUGGCUUUGAGCAUUUUUUGCAAGAUGAAAAACUGGAAACCCCACGUCAUCUUUCUCUUCAACCUUGUUAUGGCGGAUUUCCUGCUCCUCGCCAGUGUGCCGUUCCGGAUCGAUGCCCACAACCAAGGAGGUAACUGGAGAUUUGGAUCUAUCUGGUGCCGCGUCAACCUCUACAUGCUGUCUGUCAACCGCUCAGGUAGCAUAGCCUUCAUGACAACCGUGGCUCUGAACCGCUACGUGAAAGUGGUCUAUCCACAUCACUGGAUCAGCAUACUGUCCUCAGUAGCUGCGAGCAGAAUUUCAGCCUUGAUCUGGGUUGUUGUGGCUGUAUUACGGAUUCCACUAUUGACUACAAAUCUUUUUCGCCAAAAUGAAGCUAAAGUCAACGUGUGUCGCAGUUUCGACAGCUACAAAGUAAUCCCUAAACCUUUAUACGUGCACUACGUGCUCUACAUCUUUGAGUUCGUCCUGCCAUGGCUGGUGUUGCUGUUCUGCUCAAUCCGGAUCACCUGUUACCUUCAAAGACAGAAAAUUGGAAGCCAGGAGAUUCUCCGCAAAGCCAUACGAGCAGUAAUGGUGAUCACCACAGUGUUCACCCUGUGCUUCAUGCCAGGUGUUGUCACCGGCCUUGGCUCCGUUUACAUCAAGUUUUUCAGUUAUGAAAAGUGCAAAUACAACUCAUGGAAUCAGGCUUUCAUGAUCGGCAUUGGGUUCACGUACCUGCACAGUGCUUUGGACCCUGUCAUCUACUUUUUCUCCAGUUCCACAUUCACACAAACUUUUGUAAGCUCUAUGACUAUCAAACGAAAAAUACAGGAUCUUCUGUAACUGUUAAACUGUAAAGAUAAUGUUUGUAUCAGCAUCUCCCAGCUUGUAAAACAGGGUUGAUGUAGAGAAAGAAGAUCAUAAACUCCCUGAAAAAAACUGAGCUCAUGACCUCAAGACAUAAUUUUCUUUUGACUGUCUUUGAAGCUUUGUGAUUGAUAACAGCUGAUGACAAGAAAAACUAAUGUAAUGUAACAAAUGUGUCUUUUUUCUGUUUAACAACCAUACAAAACCUUUAUAAAUGUAGCAAUAAGCACUCUUUUAAUACCUGAUGUGUGAUGUGCAAUAAUGAUGCAUGGAAUCUGUCUUCUUCUUAUGAUAAUCAAUUAGCACUUCAUCUCUGUUGUUUGAAAUUAAUUUUUAUGGAUUUACUAAUAAUAUGCACUUUGACUGGUAAAGUAUGGUUAACUCUAAAUACAAGCUAAGAACAAGACUAUAUAUGUAAAACAUUAUGCAAGUAAAGUAAAUCACAAUGGGGUGGAAUUAUACAAAUUUGCCUCCCUUCACUCUCUUUCAACUAUUUAAUCAAAUUCCAUUUGAGAAAUGGAUUAUUUAACAUAUUUAAUGUGACAUAUUAUAUGUACAAGAGAAAAUACAGUGGUUCCUCGUUACGUUCUAAAAAUAACCUCUAAUAGGAGAAAUCCCUGACUUAGUCGUCUCUAUUUAAAACCUCUCACUAUAAACUUUAAACGCUUUUCUCAGGCAGACAUGAACAUUUUCCCAUGUUUGUCUCUUGUUUAAACACCCUCAAAGUUCAAACCCUGGUAUAAAAAGUCAGAUAUUAUAUCGAUAUCAAAGGUCCAUUAACUAUCAAAAAUGAAAGUAGAUUUUGUGAGCUAAACCCAUCAAGUCCAAGAGACAUGGCAGGUCAGAGAUUGAACAACAAAAGUCUGCAGUUAGUCAGGAUGCAAUAGAGAAUAUGCUGUAAAAAUCAAUAAAUGGA